AUGGCACUGCCGGACAGAGGCUACACGAACUUGCUGAAUCACCUGCACCGCGCGUCCACCAGUCUGUCGUUGGAAGCUCUGCAGGCCUCGAUAGCGCACUACCUCGCGAAUGUCGAGCCAUCACCGACUCCCCUCGCAGCGUCCGUCAUAAGCAGCCCGCUCUUUCGACCUUUCUCGCACGCAAAGUUACUGGCGCUGAGCACCGCGUUCCGCCAUGCUGUCCACUUCAAGUACCAAUCCAUCAAGAAGGAUAACGACACGAUAUUCAGGCGCUCGCCGAAAGCGAGGCUCUCGGAGUGGGCCAAAGCGGUUGUAAAAGGAUGCCAGGGCGGGCAGGCCAUGCUUAGGAUGGUCUGCUUUGGCGGACUGCUCUUGGGCCUAGAAGACGUGAAAGCGAAGAUCGAGGGCGGUGCCGGGAGAGGCAAGGUUGAGAACGAGCUCGUGGUCGCUCUGGCCGAGGUCAUGGAUCUAUACGCCUCCAUGCAGUCGUUGGCUGGCUGGGAGAAGGAGUUCCAUCCGGAGCAUGAACCAGAAGGAUUGGACUUCAUAUCAUUAGCUCUCCUACUGAUGUCUCAAUUUAUACCCGCUGUUCCGUCGGACAAACUCAAGGCACUUCCACUUACUACCCUCGUUACCCUCCUCGCAUCUACAAUCUCAUCUGUAUACCACUCCGGAGAAUUCUUGGCCUCUCUCCCUAAUUCGUUCACGAGAGGCGCCAACGGUCAACUGGCAGCCGAGCCGAACUCUCGUUUAGCGACCGAACUUCAGCAAGUCACAUCAUCCCCUUUAUACGCUUCCAUAGCGCCCCUGUCGAGGUUCUGUGCCCGCUGCCUGUCCCUGCUCGCAGACAAACGACCGGCGGAGGCCUGGGAGGCAAUGGCGCAGACUCUGCAAACCCUUCAAGCUCUGGCCGUCAGAGUCGAGUCAGACUGGGUUAAAUCCUCUCUUUCCUCUGUCAGCAACGACGAGAAUAUAGGCGAGUAUUUCCCGUCCUCACGAGAGCUGACCACCGCCGUCUGGACGACGCUCAAAACCCUCCUCUUCACCGCGAUCAUGCUCACCCAGCCCAUUCUCUCCUCCCUGCUCUUCCUCAGACCACCCCAGUCCUCCCCGCAUACGCCCGCCUCCCUCGCGCUCUUGUCCCUCGAGAUGCUCUCGCGCUUGUCAUUUGUGAUAUCGCAGUUCGGCAGUAUCAGCGCGACGACGAGCGGCGGAUUCAGGGAGCUGAAGAAGGCGGUGUACACGGCGCUCGACAUUCUUGCGGCGGACCCGAGCGAGAGCGACAAGUUCGUCCACGGGCUCAUCCACCAAUUCUCGUCUCAUGCUGCCAGUCUCUCACUGCCCGAAAUGGCGAAGAAAUCGUUCGCGCUCGUCUGCAUCGAGCAGCUGGUGCCGUCGGUAGCGGACCACACCCUGGAGCAUGCCAUCUUCCCGCUCUGCCUCCCCCACCUGUCGUCGCCAGCGCACCGCGAGACGUACGAGUCGGCGCACUCGGUCGUGCUGGCGAUGUUCUCCAAGUAUGCGCAGCAGCAGCAGAAAGGGCAUACGGAGGCAGAACAGCCGAGUGCUAAGGGGAAGGAAAGAGGGAGGGAACCGACGUUCGUUGAGCGGCUCGUGCCGUUCUACACAAAUUGCUUGAUCGAGAAUUCACACGAAGGCGCGUUGACUACGUCUCAGCUGCGGCUCGCGUUCUCGACUCUCGCCACCGGAGCCGCCGCCUCGCCUGACGAGUCCCUCCUGUGCUACUGUGUCUACUCGUUAUUGGACAUCAUCCGCUCCCUUGGCUGCGCUCCCAACUCACCGUCCGCUUCCACGUCCGGGGUGGAGUCUUCGAGUUACGAGCGACGGCACCGCUUGCUAUUAUCCCUUAUAUCCGUGGUGCCGGCAUUGCCCCUCUCGCUUUUACCGAGGGUACUGAAUGAGAUAUGUUCUAUUGUUUCUCCUACUUAUGCUGAUGCUGGAGGAGCGGGGAGGAAGGAGUUGGUGGAAGCACUUUUUGAGGAGACAUCAGAGCAUAUGGGAGAUAAGGAGAAAGAGUUUGUAAUGGGCUGGUGGUUUGAGAACCAAUCUCAGCUAGUUGGAAUUGUGGAUGAGGGUGGGGCUGGUCAUGAUGUUGACAAGGUAGGAACUGAAGGUAUGGAGUACAGAGAAGUAACCUCAAAGCUGUAACUAUCUGUCUGGAAUACUACAUGCACACAUGAAC